AUGUAUCUUUAUCUAUCUAUCUAUCUAUCUAUCUAUUCAGUCAGCCAUUUUUCUUUGAAAUAUCUCUUUUGUCUUCUCUCUCUUCUUAAUGAAUAUAUUGAAUCUCUGGAAGAUGAAGACACUGCUAGGCUUCUUGGAAACAUUUCUAUCUAUCAAUACUUCUCUCUUCUCUGGCUCCAUCUCUCCAUCUUAGUUUCUAUCUAUCAAUACUUCUCUCUUCUCUGGCUCCAUCUCUCCAUCUUAGUUUCUAUCUAUCAAUACUUCUCUCUUCUCUGGCUCCAUCUCUCUAUCUUGCUUUCUAUCUAUAGAUAUCUCUCUCAUCACUUGCUCCAAUAUCUCUAUCUUUGUUUCUAUCUACCAAUACUUCUCUCUUCUCUGGCUCCAUCUCUCCAUCUUAGUUUCUAUCUAUCAAUACUUCUCUCUUCUCUGGCUCCAUCUCUCCAUCUUAGUUUCUAUCUAUCAAUACUUCUCUCUUCUCUGGCUCCAUCUCUCCAUCUUAAUAUCUCUCUCAUCACUUGCUCCAAUAUCUCUAUCUUUGUUUCUAUCUAUCAAUACUUCUCUCUUCUCUGGCUCCAUCUCUCCAUCUUAUUUCUAUCUAUCAAUAAUUCUCUCUUCUCUGGCUCCAUCUUAGUUUCUAUAUAUCAAUACUUCUCUCUUCUCUGGCUCCAUCUCUCUAUCUUGCUUUCUAUCUAUAGAUAUCUCUCUCAUCACUUGCUCCAAUAUCUCUAUCUGUGUUUCUAUCUAUCAAUACUUCUCUCUUCCCUGGGUCCAUCUCUGCAUCUUAGUUUCUAUCUAUCAAUACUUCUCUCUUCUCUGGCUCCAUCUUAG